GUAUUUCAAUUCCACCAGGUUCUAGCGGCUUUGACAUGUACGGUGGAGGUUACAAGGACUCGAUGUCCGGGCUCGGCGGCUACGGAGGAGGAGGAGGAGGUAGCGGCCAAAUGAAAAGGAAUCUAUCUGGAGCGUCCAUGCUCUCGUCUUCAGGCACACACGCAGAUGCAGUCAUUGCCAAGAUCAACCAGCGACUUGACAUGCUCACUCAGUUGGAGGGGGGGUUGAAAGGGGCUCGAAAUGACAGGUUUGACCAGUACGAGUCUUUCGACUCGCGCACUUCCUCCCUCGCCUCCUCCCGAGAUCUCUACAGAUCUGGCGGCAGUAGCUAUGGCUAUGAUGAUGGCCGUGGGGACAAUCUGCUGUUGGGUCAGCGAGGAGGCUCUGGCUUCGGAGGGGGAAUGGGGCUAGGAGGAGGCGGAGGCUUUGACAGCCCGUCCUCUUCCUAUGGAGUCGCUAAAAUGCGACAGAAUAUGAGGGAUUCCUUCACCAGUAGCCAGGGAGGAGUUUCUGAAGGUGGAGCAUGGGUAUGGGGAGGAGCAGGCCGACGUUCCCCCAGAAGGGGUGGAAGUGCCGGGGGUCGAGGAGCUGGCGGAGGUUUUGGAAGUCUCAGGUCUGAUUCCACUCCAUUAGGCGGUGGGAGGGGAAGUGGCAGUGGUGGCCAGUCCCACCGUGGCCACUCUCCAGGAGGUGGUAGAGGCAAGCUCCCAUCUCUCCUGUCCAACCGCAUGUACCCUGAGAGCGGGGGCUUCUAUCAGGGUUCCGCUCAAGGGCCUCACGACUUUCCUGGGAGGCACUUUGGAGGGGGCCCACGGGCUGGCCGCCAGCGAGGCCGCAAGAGACCCCUCAACAAACAGCAGCAGCAGCAGCAGCAGCAGGUGAAGCAACAACGUCCAGAUGUCCAGAAAAAGAGAAAGCAGAUGCUCACUGCAGCUGAUGAACCAGAGUCCAAGAUAAAUAAGACGGAGAGUGCAGGGACAGAGGUGACCCAAGAGCCAGCUGAGAAAAAUGGCAGUGCCACUGAACCAAAGACUGCAGCUGAGGAGACGAAACCUGAGGGAGAUAAAGCUUCACCCAAGCAAGAGGAGAAGAAAAAGCCACAGGGAAAACAGACCCCAGUACAAGGUCAAGACAAGCACCCGAAAAUGAGAAAGAGACGGGGCUUCCUGGAAAGGGUGAUGUUUGCCUGCUCAGUGUGCAAGUUCCGCUCCUUCUACAAGGAUGAAAUGGAAACUCAUCUUGACAGUCGCUUCCACAAGGACCACUUCAAGUUCCUCUCCGGCCAACUGUCCAAGCCCACAACAGACUUCCUACAGGAGUAUUUGCAGAACAAGUUUACAAAGACGGACCAGAGGAUCAGCCAGGUAGAAAACCACAGUGCUGCCAUCUGCCAGGUUUACAAAGAGCAGGACCUCACCAGAGAUCUUGGAAUGGAGCACUUCAUGAGGAAAGUGGAAGCUGCUCACUGUGCAGCAUGUGACCUCUUCAUUCCCAUGCAGCUGCACCUGAUACAGAAACAUAUAAAGUCUCCUGAUCACAACUACAACCGCAAGGGGAUGAUGGAGCAGUCUAAGAGGGGCAGCCUGUCUGUCGCUCGAAGCAUCCUGAACCACAAACUCAUCGGCAAGAAGCUGGAGAGUUACCUCAAGGGUGAAAACCCGUUCACUGGUAACCAGGACGACCAGGAUCCAGAUGACUCCAUGGUGAUGGACGUGUCUGAGAUGGAAUUAACCGGUGAGGUGGGCGAUGAUCAGGCAGCGGAUGAUCAGGCAGCGGACGGUCAGGCGGCAGACAGUCAAACUGCCCAGGAUCAAGCGGCCGGCGGUGAAACGUCCGAUAGUCAGACAGCAGACGGUCAAGCCGCUGAUGGUGAGGUGGCUGAUGGUCAGACAGCAGACGGUCAGAUGGAGGAGGUGGCAAGCAAAGAGGAGGAGCCGGUGUCAGCGGGAGACGCAGGCCAAGAGGUGGUCGAAGGUGAAGCGGCAACUGAAGCAGCAAAUGAGGAAAAGAUGGAGGAUGAGCUACUAAUGGGAGGAGAGGAAGAGGAGCAGGAGAACCAGGAAGAGGAUGGUUUCGAAGUGGGAGAAGACGACGAGGGGGAGGAGGGAUACGUGGUGCACGACGAGAUUGGCGAAGAGGGAUUACCAGGCGAGCUUGAGGAAGAGGAGGAGGAUGAAGGAGUGGAAGCAGCAGAAGUUGAGGAGGAAGAGAAUCACAAAUGACUUACACCCUGGGUUUGACCUCUCAACCUAAAACAUCAGUCUGGACCAGUCAGUGACCCCUCCACCCUCGAAACCUAAGUUCAGUGUCAGGCUUAUUAACAAAUACACAUAUUGUACCUGCUCCCUCCAUUUCUUUCUAUAAUGACUCUGAGGUUAUUCCGUACAAUGUUUUUUUUGUUAAAGGAACAGUUAGACAUUUUGGGAAACAGUUUUUUUGCAGUUUUUAGAUAAAAAGAUCACUUUCACCGUAGCUGCUUUCAGACACGAACUGACUCCACAGUUGCUCCGUAUGUUCUCCGGAGGAGGUGCAUGUGUGAACUUAAAUGUCAAAGUGAGAAAAUCCGCAGUUUCUACGGACUUUAUCCACCUGACCUCCUAGUAUUAGGUACGUAGAAAUCCAGGAGAUGUCGAUGAUCCCAUGAUCCUCUUGGGCAAGUGGGGGGGGGUUGAUUGCGCUUCUAACGUGUGAUAGACUCAAAAAUAGAAAGUGUGCGCAUGUGAGAAAGGAAAACUGUUGGUAAACCCCGAAACCAAUUGUACAGAUUUUACCCCGAGGUCAUGUCUGAAAACGGCUUAUGUUAGUGUUUCCUUAUUUAUUACGUAGACUGUGGAUCUCCAAACCUCCCUGGUGAACUUAUAAUAAUAUUAAACAUCUCCACUGGAGUGUUUUGCACCAUAACUGUAUCAAUUGUCUUAACGAGAAACAAAAUAACUGGAUUUCCUACAAUGUUAACUGUUCCUCCUUAAUAGUUUUUUCUUGUGCCUCUAAAUUCUAAAUUUUGGAUUAAUUUGUUUAGUAUUGUAAAGUUGAGACAUGAUGUACUUUGUUUUUCUUCUGAUCAGAGUUGACACAAUGUCGCUUUCUGCUUAUUAUCAGUUUUCAUGAUGAAUGGAUGUUUGUUCUCAGUUUUACUUAAAUCUAGAACAAUGUGGGUUUUUCUCCUGCAGCUGCAGAGACUGAGAUAUUUUAUCUGUGAACUCUGUUUGUAGAGUUAGUGGGAUAUUCAGUCGUCAUCCUCUUUAAUGGUUUUGUGUCACUCUGAGUAAGAAAUAAACUUGUUGAAGAAAUCG